UUAGCCCACAAACGAAGGCAGAACUCUGACUUUAAACAAAGCAGACUCUUCAAAGAGAAGAGAAAGUUGAUUCAAAUUUUGCUUGCUAUCUUCGUUGAUUCCUCUGAAAUCUUGGAUUUUUGGAUCAUCUUUUCAAUUCCUAUUCUUCUCCACUGGGAAUCAUCCAAACAGGGAAAAAUGGAACAAAACCUGGUGUCUUACCAGUCUAGUACUGUUGGGAGUCAUAGACCCAGUGGGCUUAGGUUUAAGAAAGGACUACAGUUGGCAAUGGCAUUGGCAGUUUGCAUUUGGCUACUACACCAGAUUAAAGAAUCAUCCAACCAUGAUAUGCAUAGGCCGAACCAGUUGGUCAAAGAACAUGGAACCAUGCUUCUGGGACGAAAAUGGAAGGUGGGGUUGAUGGAUGGAGGCGACCCAGAAUCUGAAAAUGGAAAAGGGUUGAGAGAGGUGGAAGGGAAAGAGGAUGGAGGGGUUGAAGAUGGGUCUGAUGAGAGUGAAAUCGGGGGUGGAGUCCAUGGAUUUCGUGACGAGAAUGGGGUUCCACCGGAUGGGUUUGAGCUUGUGAACUCGACUCCUUAUGAGCGUAGACAGUAUGAUCAGGCACAAGCUUCAGAUUAUUCUAGUAGAGAUGUUUCUCAAUGACAAGGAAGAGAAGGUUGAAGAUUGACAGAAACUUCACAAGAUGAAAGGUGUUUGAUUAUUUGAUUUGUAAAAUGCAUAAUAACCCAAAAUUUAGUGGAGUUCUGAUAAUUAUUUGAGUA